AUGACAGAAAAUAAAGAGCUGAGGGAUAUUCUGGGUGGAUACCACGACAACAUCAAAUCGAAAAUUAUGGAGAACAAACUGGACGAGGCAAUCUACUUGGUCGAUUCGCUAUCUGCGACAUUUAAGCUGCCAUCCUCUGGCUACGACAGAUCCUCUUGCACUCCGUAUAACAAUGAAGUUUCUGAAAAGUAUGGAAUCGAGGAAUAUGUAAAUGCGUCUCUUAUUCCAACGCCCAGGACGUUGUUCAUAGCAGCACAGAAUCCGAAAGAUGAAAAGAGGGAUGUUUUUACCGAUCUUUUAAUGAAAUCGAACACAAAGCUGGUUGUUUCGCUGAUUGAUGAUCCAAGAUACUUUGAAGAAGAAUGGCUUCAGGACAGAAAGGUCAUAAAGUAUAUGAACAAGGAUUUGUUUAUUGACGAAAUCUACAACAUCCGAGGAAGAAACAUAAGGAGGCUCAGGUACAUCAACUGGGUGGACUUCUCCGUGAUCACCCGUGAGGAGAUGGAGGUGUUCCACUCAUAUUUCGAUUCAGUCCGCACAGAGGUAGUUCUUGUCCAUUGCAUUGCCGGUGUUGGAAGGACAGGAACGUUUAUCAUGUAUGAUAUUCUCAAGAGAAUGGAGAACAUCACGUUGGAUACGUUCAUAGACGUCUUCUUAAAUCUCAGGAGCAAAAGAGCACAUCUUGUAACCAACAAAAUCCAGCUCGAGUUUCUGAAGAACAUCUUUCUAGAGAGCUAG